AUGUCCGCCGAAUUGGACUCUAUCUGGGACCUCCCCGCCGAGAGCGCCUCCUCCUUGCGCCCGGAACUCGAACGCGCUAUAAGCGUAGAAAGUGAUGCACCUGCCACGCGACCGGCUAAGCGCCCAUUGUUCUUGCCUGGAGACUCGGACGAGGAAGAUGCCGCUCGGUCGCCCCGUCGGUCUACUCCACCCAGGGCUUCAGCCGCACCAGAUGAUAUAGAUGCGAUGUUUGAAGGCUUGGAUGAGCUUGACGACCGACCGGCACUCGAUUUGGAUCGUGUGCGCCGCGAGGCAGACGCGCGAAAUGCUGCCGCCGCACGAGCGAAGUACGCUGUGAGCUCGUCGCAGCCGCAACUUCCGACGAAGAAGGGAAAGGAGAGGAUGACUACUGGACGGGAAGAAGAGGAAGAGAAGGACGAGAAUGGAAAGAAGAAGAAGCAGAAGAAAGUCAGGGCGAAGUUGGAUGAGAAUAGGCUGUUGGGAGAGUUUGGGUUUCCGCAGUUGAUUAAGGAUACGAAGGGCUUCGUGCCGAGAGGCAAGGGUCAAGAGGCGAAGGACUUAGAUCGGGUGAUGGAGCUGUAUCGUAUGUGGGCACAUAGGAUGUGGCCGAAGGACAAGUUUAAGGACACAGUCCAACGCGUCGAGAAGCUAUGCCAUUCUAAGCGUAUGCAUAACGCCCUUGGUCAGUUCCAUGACGAAGCCAAAGGCCUCGUCAACGGCCGACAACCCGAGGUGGACGUGGACCUGACAUCCGACGCGGAACGGGAAGACCGUUCUCCACAUUCGUCCCGCUCCUCCUCUCCUGCACCUGCGUCGACAUCCAAUGCACCGCGUGUUAUUGAACUCGACGAUGACGAUAUAUUCGGCGACAGUAUUCCCACUCGCAGCUUCUCUCGCGCUCCAACUCAAGACCCGCCGUCGUCGAACCCUCCUUCGUCGCCCGCAUCAGGCCCGGAGAACUACGACGACAUGGACCUCGACGCAAUCCUCGCAGCCGACGAAGCUGCAAAGAAAGACGCAGAGUUCAUCGAAGCGCGCGCUCCCAAACCGCCGCCACCGCCCGCAGACGACUUCGAUGACGACGCGAUGUGGGAUGCGCUGGAUGAGGCUCAGUCUGCGGUCCCGAAAGCGGCGCAGCAGCCACAGAAAACUCCGGCGCAUAAUGACUUCGACGAUGACGACGAGGAUAUGUGGGACGCUGUCAGAGAGGCCGAGGCGGGGCCUGCAAAGGCUAGCACUAAACCCGCCUCGGUGGAUAAGCGGAGAAGAGCGGAGGAAGAGGAAAUGGAGAGUAUGUAUGCGUAG